CAGUGCUGGAGUGGAGAGUUGAGCAGCAUGGAUGGUACGGAGAAAUGGGCAGAAAUAGAGAGAGCAGCGUCGGAAAAGAGACGGGAGCUAGUUUUACAAGGUUCUGUCAUCGAUAAAAGAAUAGGGUGUGCGGGAGGCCUCAGCCCUGCCGUCUAUUCCCUCACACUGCUGAACUACCUGGAGGUGAGCCAGUGCCCCAGUCUGACACACAUCCACCAGGACAUCCGGCAGCUCACCAACCUCCAGAGCCUCAUCCUCUGCAGGAACAAGCUCUCCGUUGUCCCCGAGGCCGUCGGAAGCUUGAGGUUCUUGAAGGUCCUGGAUCUUUCAGUCAACAACCUGCGGCUUUUACCGGAAGGAAUCACCCAUCUGAGGGAGCUCAACACUCUCAAUGUGAGCUGUAACAGCCUGGAGGUCCUGCCAGAAGGACUGAGCCGCUGCUCCAAGCUCUGCACCAUCAACAUGUCCAAGAACCUCCUCAGCAGCUUCCCCCCUGACCUCUGUUCAGAGCGGCUGGAGCUGCUCAGCACCCUGGAGGCCUCGGACAACUGCAUAGAAGAGCUGAGUGCAGAUGUGAGCAAGCUACCUGCUCUGAAGGUACUGGACUUGUCCAACAACAAGCUCCAUGAGCUCCCCCCAAGCCUGAGCGACUGCCCCAAACUAAAGGAGAUCAAUUUCAAAGGCAACAAGCUAAGUGACAAGCGCCUGGAGAAGAUGGUCAGCGGCUGCCAGACCAAAUCCAUCCUGGACUACCUUCGAGGAAAAGCCCGACAAGCAGAGGAGGGAGGCAAGGCGGACGGAGGGCGCGCUGCAGACAAGAAGAAGAAGCAGCAGCAGAAGAAGAAGAGGGACAAGGUGGCAGAUGAACAGGAAGAGGUGGAGGAGCUGAACAAGAUGGUUGUGAGGGUCCUCCAUGUUUCAGAAGCUCCCACAGCGCUCACAGUCCAAGUGAGCGCAGAGGUGAAGGAUGUUCGGCCUUACUUGGUGUGCUGUGUGGUUCGGGGCAUGAACCUUAAGCCUGGGAAUGCUCUGAAACGGUUCCUGAUGGCUCAGACACAGCUUCAUGAAGACAUUUGUGGUAAAAGAACCACUGCAACCAUUGCGACUCACGAUGUGGAGCUUCUCAAAGGUCCCCUGACUUACAGCGUUAAACCACCAACCCAGCUGAAGAUCGUGCCACUUGGUCGGAAGGAAAUGUCGGCAGUGGAGUUGAUGAGACACCUUCAGCUGGAGGCCAGUGAGCUAAGGAAGCAGAAGAAGAGGCAGAACGUUACUGGACUUCACAAAUACCUGCAACUUCUCCAGGGGAAAGACCUCUAUCCCUGCCUAGUGGAUGCAGAAGGUCAUGUGAUCUCAUUCCCACCAAUCACCAACAGUGAGAAAACUAAGAUCAGGAAGACCACCAAAGAGCUGUUCUUGGAGGUGACCAGUUCAACAAGCCUGCAGAUCUGUAAAGAUGUCAUGGACACUCUGAUUGUGAAAAUGGCGGAGUUGAACAAGUUCACGGCAGAGAAUCAGGAGGAGGCAGGCUCAGACAGGGAAGGGGAUGGUGCCCCUGAGCCCGAGGGUGGCCACGCCUCCAGCGAACUGAUAGUCCAGCAGGUCCGGACAGUUGACCAGGAUGGAAACCUGAAGGUCGUCUACCCAUCGAAGACCGAUCUCACCAAAGACAUCAGCAACUUGAUGGUUGUCUGGUAGUGGAGUUGGAUCUGUACGUUCAUUCACAUGAAGUCAGCUGAAGGAAGUCAUAUCUUUGCAUUUUUGUCACAUGAAAACAAACUAAUCAGCCACUGAGUCAGUCAGUCAGUUCAGGGAGCAGUGAGAUGAACAUUUCAGCUUUGAAAACCCAUAUAGGCUCCUAUUUUAAUAAAUCAUUUUACAUUAUCUAUGUGAUU